CUCAUCUCUGCAGAGGGAAGAGAAGAGAUUGGGUAAUGAAAUGAAGCAGGACGGAUGGAUUUGAUUCCGUGACUUGUUCGACCAACAGCAGUAGACAUGUCAUAUAGACGAGGGCAUGUAUACUUAUUGGAUGUUAUUACGGCUAGGCCCCGAGCGACAAGGAGGUUGAUUGUUGCAGAUAUAGAUGCAGAUGUAGAUGGAGAUGGAGACGGCCUUUUAGGUAAUAAACGGCAAAAAGGGCAAGCAGCCUUCCAUCAACAUCGUCGAGGCAUCUUCUCGGCGGGACAUUUGUUACAAAAAAAGGGACAGUCCUUGUGCCGGGCUGUCAAAAGACCAUUUCCAGCAACAAAAAAGGGUUACUAUGCCCGAUUUUUUCCCCUGGGGCUGAUAGGCCACGACGGGCCUUUUCUGCAGCAACCCCCCUGUCCGUAUCGCUCAUUAUUUGACGCGGGAUUGGGGGCUCACGUUUUUUUUUUUUUUUUUUGUUUUUUUUUGUUAUUAUCGUAUUUUUGACGUGGCUUUUUUUUUUAAUCUAUUUUAAUUACUUUUUUUUUCUUUUCCUUUUCUGUUCCGUGUUUCUGCCGUCCUUGAUCUUUUUUUUUUCUUUUCCUGUAAUUGUCUUGUCUUCCUCUUUCUGUUUCUUCCUUGGAUUUGAUGCAGCUUUUUGUUAUUUAUUUCCUCGAUUGACAAACACGCUUGUUCUACGAGGCACGUUUUUUGCUUUCUAAGAAGCCAUUUCUCUCCGAUUUUAUAUCAUUUCAACGGCAGGCGACAACUGCUGCCUUUUCUCUGUCAAGACAGGCCAUUGACCACAUGCAACUCCCGGCUUCCAAAAUUAAGUCGGUUCUCUUCUUCAUCUCGCUCCGCGCGACUCAGUCUAUUAUUAGCCCGUCUGCCGCUGCCCAACAUCACGGAGAUUCGAGCCGGGCAAAUUGUUUCUUCAUUUACUUGACGGUGGACAAGGUACUGAUGUCACCAAACACCAACGCAAGUAUUGCCUUGUAGUUGCAUCUACCAGGGUCUUGACUGUCAUCUCACGUUUGCUCACAUCACCUGACGGGCUGUUCAAGCUGAGCAUAAUCGCCACGUGGAGACUCUGACCAGCCUUGUUUGUCUUGGUUUUUUUUUUCUUCUUCUUCGCCAAGGAGCAAGGGGGUGUGAGAAAGGGCUGCUGUCGUGCUAUUACUACUACUAGUUAUCCCCCGGCUCUGAAGCCCAACUUGACGCAAUCGCAGUUGUAUACGCCGAGAUACAAACGGCAACGACGAGACUAAUAAAAUAAAAUUGGACA